AUAUCAAAGAUGCUCAUACAAGUAGAUGUGUUUCAUAUAACUCCUCUCGCAUAACACUAAAUGUGAAACUAAAAUUGUCGGUGGUUCAGAGAUGGAGAACAUUAACCUGUAUGAGGAGAUGGGAAGAAACUACACCUCUAUUGUCUAUAAAGGAAGAAGGAUGGGCACUCUAAACUACGUCGCUCUCAAAUGCAUUGACAAAUCGAAGAGACCUGAAGUUACAAACCAUGUACGUCUUAGCCAAAAUCUGGAUCAUCCUAACAUUGUAGAAUUUUAUGAGUGGUAUGAGACCAGAAAGCACUUGUGGUUAGUGGUGGAGCUGUGCACAGGUGGUUCCUUGGAGUCAGUGAUUGUUCGAGAUGGAUGCUUUCCAGAGAAUGUAGUGAGGAUGUUUGGAUUGGACCUGGUUAAAGGACUGGAAUACAUCCACAAAUUAGGGAUUAUUUUCUCUGACUUGACACCUGCUAAGAUCCUCCUGGAUAACAAUGGCAUGUUAAAGCUAGGCAACUUCUGUCACUCCAAAACAGAGAGAGACACUUUUGAAGAUUUCAUUUUAUUGUACGAAGAAGCAGGAAGCAGAAAAUAUGACAAUGUAAAAAAAAGGUUUCAAGGCUCACCAAUUUACACGGCACCAGAGGUUCUACAGGGUUCAGAAACUACUGUGAGCUCAGAUCUCUGGGCUCUUGGUUGUAUUCUCCAGUGCAUGUACACGGGGAAGCCUCCUUUCAUGUCAAAGACUUACAAAAAACUACUGGAACAUAUUUUGCAUCAGGAACCAUCAUUACCUAUACCUAGAGAGUCUUCAACUCCUCCUCCCAGUCAGGAUUUCCAAAAUCUUCUGAAAGGCUUACUCAACAAAAAACCUAAUAAGAGAAUAAACUCGUCAGAGUUGCAGAAGCACCCUUUCUGGACACUGAAAGAUGGGAAUUAGAGGAUGAAGAUGAUAAAGGGGCCCCACAUCUUUUUUUAAUUUGCAGAAGUCCAUACUGACAAAUUUAUGUUAAAGUAAUGCUGAUGGCAUAGUUUUAUUUCAAACACGCGUACAAGGUUACAUUGAAGUACAAGUUACAUGUUCAUGUUUACUUUUAUAGACAACAGUUUUCUGAAAUUGUUAUUCUCCAGUCUAGAAACUCUCCAGAAAGAAGUCUUGAAAGUCAGUGAUGUGACCAUUAGUGCUUUUUAAUUAAUAUUUUCUGUGAUAAAUAAAUGUUUGCUGCAGCCCUGUUCAUUACUUCAAAUGUACAAUGCAUGUGUGCUAUGGAAAUACAAUGUGUUUAAUUUUUAAAACCUCUUAAGACCCAA